AGCACACUAUAUUUCAUACUUGUGAAGUCUGUCUACUCGAGAGUUACAUAUAAAGACGAGACUACUAGAGCGCUACAACCAUAUCAGCUGCUUCGGGUCUGCCUAAGUCGCCAUGGUACAUACUUCGCUGGUUUAUCUUGCUGCUGAAGCCCUAGGGCAAGCGUUGGCCGUUCCUCCUGUUGGGCAUCAUCUUAUGCCUACAUCACGCAUGGACAAAAUCAAGAACAUGUAUGCAUUUGAAGGCUUCGUAUACGCCCUUGAUAAUUGCCCUUCGCAACAAGACAUGAUAUCCGACUUCCAGCGGAUGAAGUCAAAAGGCGCCAGGAACGUCAUCACCUUUGAUCUUUGUGGAGACGGAAAAGACACGAACUUUUACGGAGAUGUGAUUAGCGCGGCUGGUACAGCUGGUCUUAAUGCUAUGCCACUUGUUUGGACUUUGCUCGAUGACGGGCAAAAUUUUGAUGACGAUGUUGUUCCGAGAAUUGAUGCGGUCACACAAGCUGUAAUCAAUAAUCCGGAUCCGGUGCUUGCUGUUGCAAUGGGUGAUGAGCCUCUUUAUGACGACGACUUCGGAAGUCCAGACAACCUCGCCAAGUACAUUAAACGGAUGAAAAAAGCCUUCUCUAGUGCUGGACUAUCGGAUAUUCCAAUCUCAAUUUCUGACAUGGCAUAUGGCUGGCAAAAUCCCUCAGGCGACAUCUCGAAUCUUGUUGACACUGUCGACUUCUUUAUGAUUAAUGACUUCCCAUACUUUGCCUGGGACGCGGAGGAUGGUGGAAGUGACACGUCAUGGAACGACUUUAUCGGUGAUAUAAACUAUUUUGAGGGAAUCGCCAACGGUAAACCGCUCCUUGUCACCCAGACUGGCUGGCCAGAGAAUAGGAACGAAUUUGCGCCGAACAGCCCGAAAGUUGUCGUUAGCCUUGAAGCAGAGAAGGGUUACUGGAAUCUUCUCGAUAGUCACUGCGAGGACUUUUUCAAGGAUAAGAACAUCGGCUGGAUGUGGCGCAGCUGGGAUGACAGCAUUGAUGGUUGGGGCGUCACUAAGGAUGGCAAAGACAAAUGGAACUUCAAUGCACGCAAGACGUGCUAAAUGUUGCGUGUAUAAGCUGAAGUCUUCGCUUGACAGAUUUCGGUGUAAAUGAUCCUGUCGUUCUACUAGUAAUUGUCACUUGUUAUUCAGUGUUUUAAC